AUGCCCGCCGUCAGAGAGGCCUUUGCCGCGCAGCCCUUGGUUGUCAACGGCGGCGACUCGUUUCUCACAAACGGCCAUGCUGAGACGCCCCGCAAAAUGCCAACGCAGCAGCAGGAGCAGCAGCAGCAGCAGCAGCAGCGUCUUGACAUCAUUGAUAUUCGCGGAGAGCAGGUCGACUUUAACCUCAAAAAGGAGAUUGCUAACCACUUGAAUCCCGUCAGCGGCCACCGUACGCUGCCGACGUUGCUGCUGUACGAUGAAACGGGCUUGCAGUUGUUUGAGGAUAUAACAUAUCUGGAUGAAUAUUAUCUCACCAAUUACGAAAUUGAGCUUUUGAAAAAACAUGCGGCCGAAAUAGCGGAUUUGAUCCCGGCUGGAGCCAUGGUCGUUGAGCUUGGAAGCGGCAACUUGCGCAAGAUUUCUCUCGUCCUCGAUGCCUUUGAAAAGAUUGGCAAGCCAAUCGACUAUUAUGCCCUCGACUUGUCGCAGGAAGAACUGCAGCGCACACUCUUGCAGAUUCCCGACUACAAGCAUGUCCGCAGUCAUGGGCUCUGGGGCACAUAUGACGACGGCAAAGACUGGCUAAAGCAGUUUGCCAAUAGCGACCGAAACAUAACAAUCAUCCACCUCGGCUCUAGUAUUGGCAACUUUUCGCGCGACGAGGCCGGCGCCUUCUUGCAAGGGUUCGCUCAGGUUUUGAAGCCAGCAGACUCCAUCAUUAUCGGCAUCGAUUCAUGCUGCGACCCGAACAAGGUCUACCAUGCAUACAAUGGCAACUUUAUUCUCAACGGCCUUCGCCACGCCAAUGCUGUCUUUGGUUCUGAAAUCUUUCACCUGGAUGACUGGAAAGUCAUCGGGGAGUUCAUCUACGACGAGGACGGCGGCCGCCACCAGGCCUUCUUGUCGCCCACCAAGGAAGUCAAUAUCCUUGGAACAACCAUCAAGCAGGCCGAGAGAUUAAAAAUCGAGCAAAGUCUCAAGUACUCCCAGGUUGGCGGUGAGAAGCUGUGGCGCACUGCUGGUCUGAAGGAGGUCAAGCGUUGGCGACGUGGCGACGACUAUGGUCUCCAUCUGCUUCAAAAGACUGAUCUUCCAUUCAGCUCUCUUCCUUCACAGUAUGGAAGCGUUCUGCCCACACUCAACGACUGGUCAGCCCUCUGGCAAGUCUGGGAUAUCGUCACCAAGGGCAUGCUGCCCGACCAGGAGCUCCAGGAAAAGCCCAUCAAGCUGCGCAACGCUUGCAUUUUUUACCUCGGCCACAUCCCCACCUUUCUCGACAUUCAGCUGUCCAAGGUCACCAACGAAGCCGCCACCGAGCCCGCCGCCUACCGAGCCAUCUUUGAGCGCGGCAUCGACCCCGAUGUGGACAACCCGGAGCGCUGCCACGACCACUCCGAGGUCCCCGAGGAGUGGCCGCCCGUGCAGGAAAUCACGGCGUAUCAAGGCCGCGUACGCGCCCGUCUGGAGAAGCUCUACGCCGACACGGACAAUGGCAGCCUGGACAAGAUGCCCCGCAGCGUCGCGCGCGGCAUCUGGGUCGCGUUUGAGCACGAGAUUAUGCAUAUCGAGACGCUACUGUACAUGAUGCUGCAGAGCGACAAGACGCUGCCGCCGCCGCACACGCCCAUGCCCGAUUUCGCGACGCUGAGCGCAGCGGCUAGACGUGCACGCGUUCCGAAUGCUUGGGUGGAUGUUCCCGAGCAGACUGUCGUCAUUGGCAUGAAUGAUCCCGAGGACGGCACUGAUCCGACUGUCAAUUUUGGAUGGGAUAACGAGAAGCCAGAGAGGAAGGAAAAGGUGCAUGCCUUUCAAGCCAAGGCGAGGCCCAUCACCAACGAAGACUAUGCCGAUUAUCUCUACAGCACCAAAAACAGCGCUAUUCCAUCCUCUUGGUCCAUUGUUGCUGAAGCCAACAACGGCAGCCCCCUCCUCAACGGCGCCAGUUCCGAGUACCCUAUGCAGCCGUACCUCAAGGACAAGGCUGUGCGCACCGUCUAUGGCCUCGUCCCUCUCAAGUACGCCUUGGACUGGCCCGUAGCCGCUUCCUACGAUGAAUUGGCUGGCUGCGCCGCCUGGAUGGGCGGCAGAAUCCCGACCAUGGAGGAGGCCAAGAGUAUCUACACUUUUGCGGAGAAGCAAAAGGAGGCCUCGAUGCACAGCAAGCUCUCUAAUAGGGUACCUGCAGUCAAUGCUCACUUGGUCAACGAUGGCGUCGAGGAGACACCGCCAAAUGGGGCCGCCGCAUCAGCAGCAGUCAAUGGAGGCGAAAGCGGCGGCGGCGCCGCCUCGCUGUACAUUGACCUCGACGGUGCCAACGUCGGCUUCAAGACGUGGCACCCGCAGCCCGUCACGGCCAGCGGCGACACGCUGGCCGGCCAGGCGGGCAUGGGCGGCGUGUGGGAGUGGACGAGCUCGGUGCUGACUCGGCACGAGGGCUUUGAGCCCAUGGCGCUGUAUCCGGCGUACACGUCUGACUUUUUCGACGGCAAGCAUAAUAUUGUGCUCGGCGGCUCGUGGGCGACGCACCCGCGCAUCGCCGGCCGUCGCAGCUUUGUCAACUGGUACCAGCACAACUAUCCCUACGCGUGGGCUGGUGCUCGACUUGUCCGCGACGCUGUCCAAGUCCCGGUAUGA